AUGGCGACUGUGCUGAACCGCAGGUUUGACGUGCUCUGCCACAGCGGCACGUGCUCGCCCUACCUGAUCGACGUCUUGUCGCUUCUCGUGGCACACGCCAACGAUACAGAGCUGUUCAAGACAGAGCUGCGUAAAAGUGAUGGUGGCGAGCUCGGCGCUGCCGCUACCGGUGCAGGCAGUGCCUAUGUGACAUCUUCCACUGACCCUGCGAGUCGCACCGACCGGGCGGUCGGUGAGGCACGCGAGCGGCAGGCGGCAGACCGGCGUACCCAACUCAUGUACAAACAAGUGGAGGACCCCGAGGCCCUCGACGACGCGCUGCGCGCGUCGCACGAGACCGUUCUCAUCGCCGCUGAGCGUAGUCUGCAGACGUACACGGAGGAUUUGAAGCACAUCAACGACAUUGCCAUGGCCACCUCCGCCAAGCAGCUGCGGGCGAUGCGGGUGGAAACGCAGCAGCAGAUGGAGGCGUUUCGCGACUGCGUCUGCGGAAGUGUCGUGGCGCAGACGAAGGAGGAAUUGGAGGUAAUACGCAGCGAGCUGGUCGCAUCGGUUAGAGCUGAUGUGAGCGACAUGGUGAGCGAGCUGCAUCAGGUGAGCUUGAGCACCCAACAGCAGCUCCAGCAGUUAACGUCUUCCUACACAGACUUUGUGGCUCAGGCUCACGACGCACUUACCAUAGCCCCACUCGCGGAUGCCCACGAGGCCGUGAAGACGGUAGAGUACAUGCAGGAGCAGCUGAAGUGCAUAGAGGCAGCGGCGGCCACCCGGUCAGACGUGGAGGCGCUGGGGAAGCGGCUGAAGGACUUGGAGAGCGUCAUGACGACUCUGAGGUCGGUUCCAAGGACACCUGAUAUCGGCACGGCCGCAGCGUCUCGCGAUGGCUUCUCCAUGAAUGUGCCCCUUCCUCCGGCGUUGUCGCAGCAAAAACCGGUGCUUUCCAAUCGGAGGGCCUCUAACCGCAGCCAAACGCCGAAGUCCACGUCACCACCGCUGUUGCACCUGCACGUGUCGCGAUCAGGCAGUGUGAAGGGUGAAACGUCAUCGCCACCACCGGCGUCGCCGACACCGCCAGCGCAGAGAACACUCGCGGAGCGUCUCGGCGUCACGGUGGAGGCUGCCGAGGAUGGAGUGGUGCUCGCUGAAGUAUUGCCCGGAUCGGCGGCCGCUGCGCAUCGACUCGGCGUAGGCCACGUCAUCUCUCACGUGGGCCGCACGGCCGUGACGACCCCUGCUGUGUUUGAGGAAGCCCUCCGUGCGAUUGAGGGGCAGGCCGUGAGGAUCACCGCCUACGACCCCUUCAACGGUCGCGUUCGCGUACUGACAGCGCAGCCUUUUUGA